AUGUCUAUUAUCACUCUUAGCUGUUUGGUCAGACUUGAGCUCGUCAACACAAAAAUUAACGUUAAUAUCACGGAGGAGCUUUGUGGUGAGGAACUUCUACCUCUUUCGAAGAUUAGCAAACACUUUCCCUCUCAGCCAGCCGACGAACACAUACAUGUCAUCGUACAACGUCCUGUUGAGACGAAAGAAGUUCACUGCACCGCAACGUAUGGGCGUAAGAGCGCGAAUUUUCAAUGGACAGUGACCCGAGAAACGGUGACAUUGGAAGGUUUUAAGAAGAAGCUUCGUGAAUAUUUCACAUUUCCGGAUGGAACGGAAAACGAGCAUAUCGCCAGUUCAAGCUCCCAGAGUGCAACGGUGGAGAAUGCGACAGAACGUAAAAUUAUUCAAUUUUCUGCUGACGAAGAUUUAUUGAGCAUCAUCUGGACUGUUGAUCCCAAGGUGGAUCUGGAAAUAGUUGUGGAUACGUGUAAAGCUGAUAGCUAUGAUCAAUUACCAUUUAUUGAGAUUGGAAGUUCGGCAACUCCAGAAGAGAUCAGGAACAGUGUGAUUGAGGAUUUUUUAAGAAUGCACAAGGCAUCCCCACCAAUCACUAGCGCGAAUGAGGCCACCCGCUGUGAAUUUAUUUCUGCGAUCAUAUAUGGUGUGGCGUCCAUCUUCGAUGGUACUUUAAAAGUUUAUCCCCAGCAUGAAGUCUCUGGAAGUAAUGGAAAGGGACCCAUAGAUUGGGUGAUCAAAAUGGGAGAUACAAUUAUUUCUGUAACUGAAGCAAAACGAGAAGAUAUUAACCAAGGUGUUGCCCAGAGCACUGUCCAAGCACAUGCAUCUCUUCAAUGUAAUCGCAAAAAGCGUACUUAUGAUGAUGCUGAUUUAUAUGAAGGUGCAAUGUACUGCAUUGUCUCAACGG